UGCUGAGAGCUGAGAAUCCUCUGGGUCUCCCCAUCCCAACCACACACAGUGCCUAGUCUGACUGCUCAGCCUUCAACGUAUGCCUAAAAACUGAGCAAAAGAGACAAAAAAAGAGGACAAAUCCGAGCACCUUCUGCAGCUCAACAACAACUGGACCCUGAAACUGCAGGAAAAGUUACCGCUUGACUCAGAGACACAAGGAGGAGGCAGAUUUCAUGGAAAUAAGAUCACUCCUUCCUUGCUUCAGGGUGGUCCUCCUGUGAGAAUGAAAUAUUUAUAAUUACAACCAGAGGACAAAACAAGCACAAACUCGGCGGAAAACUCUCUUCUUCUUAAAGGGUUAAUAGAUCCCCAAAAGAAAAGGAUGUUUGGAGCAAUCGCAGUGAUCAACUAGAACAUUAUUUCAUCUUUUUCUGAAACUUUUUUCAUCUGACUCUGGAUGUGUCCAUUUUUUCAACUCUUGGAAAACGUGGAUUUUUAAGGAACAUUUGGCUCCAUGUAAAGAAGACUUGGAGAGCGAGGAAUAUUGGAGUCGGAUGGUGGCGGCGCGUAUUCCGGGGUGAUAAUUGUCAGGUCAACUAGCAAUAUGGAUAUUUGGAAAACUCCAGGAUAGAAAGUAUCCACUAAAGAAAAGCAUCAAAAUUGGCCAGUUUGCAGAUUAGGAUGCCGGCGAGUGGAUCUGCUCCACAACGUGAACUCUUGGGAAAGAAAACAGUGUAAUAUGACACAUACAACAUGUGUUCCUUUGGGGAGAGAGAGAUAAAUGUGCCACUGACUUGAGAUUGCUCACACAAUGGCAUCCCGCCAGUGCCCGCCUGCGAUGUUCAAUUCCAUGAACCACGGCUAUGUUGAACAUUGCUACCUGAGGUCAUCCAAUGUCAUGGCUGAAGGAAUGAAUGAGAUGCCGUACUGCCACCAGAACAAUCUCAUGACCAGCCAACAUGGUUUUAGUCUUGCACAAACCAAUGAGCAGAUGGCUUCUGCGGAUGGAUCUCGUUUCUCCACCCCUAGAAGUUCAGUAAAGCUCAGCAAAAAGAGAGCAAUGUCCAUAUCUCCACUAUCAGAUGCAAGUAUCGACUUGCAGACCAUGAUCCGUACAUCUCCCAACUCCCUGGUGGCAUUCAUCAACUCCAGAUGUUCCUCAGCCAAUGGUUCCUAUGGUCACUUGUCAAUAGGAACCAUCAGUCCUUCACUUGGGUAUCCAAAUUGCCUUAAUCACCAAAGACCACAAGGAGCAUCUUAUGGAUCAAACCAUUUAAUGUCUUACAAUUCACAUGAGCACUUGUCCAGCAGAGGAAUGGGUGUUCUGCAGUCUCGCUCCUCAAUCAAGCACUGUCAGAUGAAGUCAGAGCCACUAUCUAGUGCAGGAUUAGAUGCUUUGAAUAGUAAACGCCUGGAAGAUGGAUCAGAGGGUGACAUCUCAAGUCCAGCUUCUGUUGGAACACAGGACCCAUUACUUGGCCUGUUGGAUGGACGGGAUGACUUGGAAAAAGAAGAUGGGAAACAUGAGCCUGAAAUUGUUUAUGAGACAAACUGUCAUUGGGAGAGCUGCACAAAGGAGUUCGAUACCCAGGAACAUCUUGUACAUCACAUAAACAAUGAACAUAUCCACGGGGAGAAGAAAGAAUUUGUCUGUCACUGGCAGGACUGUUCUCGGGAGCUCAGACCUUUCAAGGCACAAUAUAUGCUAGUGGUCCACAUGAGGAGACACACUGGAGAGAAACCUCAUAAGUGCACAUUUGAGGGUUGCAACAAAGCUUACUCACGCCUCGAGAACCUGAAGACUCAUCUGCGGUCCCACACUGGGGAGAAGCCAUAUGUAUGUGAACACGAAGGCUGUAAUAAGGCUUUUUCUAAUGCCUCUGACCGGGCCAAGCACCAGAAUCGCACUCACUCUAAUGAGAAACCCUAUGUAUGCAAAAUCCCAGGAUGUACCAAGAGAUACACAGAUCCCAGUUCUCUCAGAAAGCAUGUCAAGACAGUUCAUGGUCCUGAGGCACACAUCACAAAGAAACACAGAGGAGAUGGUCAACCACGGAGUCAUGCACCCCAUGAAGUUGGUAUGACUCAAGGGAUCAAGAGUGAUAUCCAGCAAGACUUGGAAUCAUGCUCUUCUCAGGCCAGGAAAGAGGAGGGAAGAUUGACUGUGCCAGAUAUGUCAUUGAAGUCCCAGGCUAGCCCCGGUGGACAGUCAUCUUGCAGCAGUGAGAGGUCUCCCUUAGGUAGCACCAAUAAUAAUGACAGUGGAGUAGAAAUGAACGCCAACACAGGAGGUAGUUUUGAGGACCUUUCCAACCUGGAUGACAUUCCUUCAGUGGAGUCUAUUGGUACCGCAGGAGCUUCAGCUCUGAGGAAGCUAGAGAACCUCAGGAUCGACAAGCUGAACCAAAUGCGAAAGGCGCCAUCUUCUGGAAAGUCUGUAAAACUACCUGCAAUCCACAACACAGUUUCUCAGGGAGAAUUGCCCAAUAUUUGUGGUCUUCCGCACAAGAACAACAUGAUGGAGCUGACAUCCAGCGAACAUUUAGGCCAUAUAAAUGACAGACGUAACAGCACAACUAGCACAGUGAGCUCAGCUUAUACAGUGAGCCGUAGAUCUUCAGUGGUGUCACCAUAUCUUUCAAAUCCGAGACCAGGCGAGGUAGGGAACAUGGUGGACACAUAUGACCAAAAUACAUCUGAUACCUCAAGACAUUCCAAUACUAAUGGUCUUCCAGGCCUUACACCAGCUCAGCAAUAUAGACUUAAGGCAAAGUAUGCUGCAGCUACUGGUGGACCUCCACCUACUCCUCUUCCUAACAUGGAGCGAAUGAGCUGUAAUAAUCGUAUGGCUUUUGCUGUCAAUGACUACCGGGGAUCUAUCUCUUCAGCGCUAUCCAGUAAUAUCCAAAGGAGACAUAGCAACAAUGAAUACCACACUUAUAUUACAGGAAUAAUUCAUCCAUCUCAGGCACCGGGCGCUGGAAUAAGAAGAGCUAGCGAUCCAGCAAGACCUAGUGGAGAUCCUCAAGUAAUACCCAAAGUGCAGCGGUUCAAGAGUAUGUCAAAUAUGAACACAUCAAUGAUAGGAAGACAGACUCUUGGACAUCAGCAACCAUAUGGAGGAUCUGAUGCGAAUUUGCAAAGACAUAUUUUUUCACCCCGCCCACCAAGCAUCAGUGAGAACGUAUUUAUGGAGACAGCAAGCACAGAUUUAACAUCUCAAAAUAAGGAGCAUGGUAUGAUGGUUGGUAAUGACAUGCAGCACUAUGUAAACUUUCAAGGCCAAGGAUCUCAAAUGACAACCAAUUUGAAUUUUAACCACCAACUUCAUGGGUUAGACAUGCAAACUCAAAAUGCAUACUCUAGUCCUCAGAGAUCAUUAGGCAGUAUGCAUAUGAAUACAAAUAACCAUGCCUGCCAGAGUAAUGUAUUGAGUCAUUCAGAUUUAAACCAGUGUCAAAUGACAACUCACAAUCAGCCUUUCCAGAACACAAGGCAAAUUACUGGCAGCUCUAGCUUACCUGUGCAAUGGCAUGAAGUAAGCUCAGCAACCAUGGAUAUGACUGAUGGCCAAAGUGGAAACCACCAGGCGGUACCACCAAACAUGUCACCUGGGAAUCACUGUCAUAACCAGUACUCAAAUCAAGGUUCUGAGGCAACCAAACAGGUGUCCCAUGCAAACAGUUCCUCUUGCCAACAGCAGGGUAUGUAUGGAAAUAGUGACAGGUAUAACCACUUGGGUCAGGUUCAAAUCAAACCAGAACAACAAUUUCAUCAGUCUAUUCCCUCAAUGAUGCCCUGUCAGAAGCAGCAUUCAAUGCAGCAGCAUGCUUUCACCCAGCCAAAUACAGUAGCCUUAUCUCCUGGGAAUUCCAACUGUGAAUACCAAGGACAACAGGAAAAUCAACAAAACCUUUGCUACAAUGCUGGCCUUAACCCAAACAUGCUAAGCCCUCAAGGACGAAGAUCACAGACCCCGAUGAUGCAAGUCAAAGAAAUGAUGGUAAGAAAUUAUGUUCAAUCCCAACAAGCACUAAUGUGGGAGCAGCAGCCCAAAAAUAUGGCUAUGAUAAACAGCCCUGGGGCUGGGGAGGAUGUUGACACUGGACAGAACCAGCACCGGAAUACACCUCAUGCCCAAGCAUACAUGAGCCCCAAAUACAUAAAUUAUCAAAACAAACAACCUCAAAACAGCUUAUUGAGUCCAAACCCACAUGAUAAUCAGUCAAUUCACUCUAAAACCAUGCGGAGUCCAGGAAAUCAGAGUUUUAGUGCAGAUAUGAUGCCACACCCUCCUUGUGGCCCAAAACCUUUAAGUCGGCAGCAAAGCAUAACCAGCCAAUCAACUUUCAUGGGGAGUCCUACUCAACUUAGUCCAUCUUACCAUUCAGCUGAAUCUAGCCCUAGGAGAAUGCCUACCUUGCCUUCUAUUCACACCCAGUCUGACACCAAUAACACCACUGGCAUGAUGUAUUACUCAGGUCAAGUUGAAAUGCAUCAUGGGAAAAUGGGAAACCAAAAGCUUGCUACAGCACUAAAUCACCCCCAAAGCAGCUGUGAUGGACACCAGUAUGGCUCUAACCUGGGUUUUGUGAAGCCAGACACCAUGCCAUACAGUAGUUCUUGUCCAGCAUCUAAUCCUUUAGACAGUUUAGAUUUGGAAAAUACUCAAAUUGAUUUUGCGGCCAUCAUAGAUGACACUGACCACACAUCUCUGAUGCCACAUAAUUUAACUCAAAGUGGUGUACUAGGAUCAUCUCAACCUUCCUCCCAUUUGAGUACACCACGUAAUCCAACAGCCAUGGUUCCAAAUAUGGCCGUAUCAGACUUGAACUCUAUGCUGUCCUCCUUAGCGGGAGAAAAUAAGUUCCUCAACACUAUUUCCUGAAUGCCCUAAAGCUUAAGUAAAAUGGACGUGUAUGACAACUGCCCUGAUCAAGCUGAUCACACAUGGUGCAGCGCUUGCUCAAAAUCCUGUCUCCUUUUUUAAAAUACUGAAACUUGAUUAUAUUGUGUGCUUAAAGAUGCAAGUCUUUAGUUUUGCGGACAUAGAAAAGUUCACUUGAUAUAUUUUACAUUAAAUCUUUCUAUAAAUAUUCAUUUUUGUCAUGAACGUAUUAGUGUGACAAAUUUGCACAUAUUCUACAGCUAUUUUUGUAUUAUGACUGUACUAUAUAGUGUAGUCUUUUAUUACCUAUGUACUAAACACAAUUCAGAACACUGCUGACUAGUUUAGUAGAAACAUUUCUGUAUUAAUAAGACAUCGAGUUUCCCCAGAUAUUGUUUGUGGCUCUCCAGUCGUUUGACAUCCUAGUAGAUAAAACAGAACAGGGUUUCAGAAUAUCACAUGUUGCCUUACUGAGUAACCAAACUUAAAAGGAUAGGAUGGAGAAUUGUGGGUAUGAUCAUUAUUACAAUGCUAGCCAGUGGCAAAACGUUAGGGCACUCUCAUCCUGGUACCUGAGGAGUCAAAAAGGUCCCAUUACAACAUAAGAGGACAGUUGGGAGGCCCUAAUAGAUCAAUGAAAAAGAGUUCUCACAUGUAAGUCUUCUUUAUGCAUUCACAAGAACAUUUCAGCCUACCAAUUGACUCCAUUAAUCAUCUGCUGGUUACAGAUGUUUGCUUGUGGCCAAUUAUAAAGCUUUUACGUGAACAUUGGACUUGGUUAGAGUAAGACCAUUUGUUAUAUAUCAAUUACUAUGUACCAUUCACCACUGAUAUGUGCCUUCUGAUUAAAGAAAAUUACAAUGGAGAUAUAUUUCCAUCCUAAUAUUAACAAGAGCUAAGAAACAAAAGGCAGAAAUGCCACACAGGCAACCUAUUAGCUGGGGCCUGUUGGACCCAAAUAAACUCAAGUUCUCUGGGUGUUGUGAACCCACACAAAGUCUUCAUUCUCCAAAAACACUUCAAAAAGGGUGAGGAAAACGAUCAUGCUGCCUUUCUCUUUGACAUUUCCAUCACUGAGAAAGAUGGAUAGCGGCAAGAACCAAUCCCUGGUUCCCCAUCCACCUGAGAAUGUUAUAGUUUAAUUUAAGUACUCUGUCCAAACAAUUAUAUCAUGGAUUUUUUGUGAUGGGAAUAAUUACUAAAUAUACACUUCACAGCUCUGGAAUGUGCAGCAAGCAAAGUUAUGCCUAUGGAAACCCUUACAGUAUUUAUUUUCUACAUCAUGGGAUGUAGCUAUGUUUUUUUUAGAGAGUAACAGUCUUGCAACAAGUAUCCUACAGUAUUGAGUAUUCGUAAGAAUAUACCAUAUUAAUUCACUAAUUGAAGACUUCAUAGAUUAUCUGGGCAG